AUGAGCCUGACCGAAGCUGAGAAAAACAAAGACUUAGGUGGAUUUUUCGCAGUCCACCCCAAGUAUGACUGCCCACAUCUAACUGACGAAAAUUUUAACCGAGACAUAUCAUUCUAUUCAGAAGUCACCAUAAAAUCACCUUGUGCAGACUGCUCAAAUGUCGGCGAAAACUGGGUAUGCUUGAAAUGUGGACAAGUAAAGUGUUCUCGUUAUGUUCAAGAGCAUAUGCUUAUGCAUGCAAUUGAAACCUCUCAUGGGAUUUCUCUAAAUCCUCUUCUGAGAGAUUAAAAAAAAAUUCGGCUAAGAAAUGGGCUAUUAUUUUUUAAAGUAACUUUUUUAUUUCAAAAUUUAAUUUUAGCUCAUAAACCCUUUAUGGACCGACCUUAUUGAAAAUGUAGCUGGUCUAAUGGAAUUCACAUCUUUUAUAUAUCUUAGGCCAGAACUCUCACUAUUUAGAAAAUAAUCCAGACUAGUUUUAAACUAGUUAAAUAUUGUUUUAUAUAAUUUUUUUUAUAAUUUUGAAAAUAUUUCUAAUGAUUAGCAUAAAGCUUGGCAAAAUAAAACCAACUCUUAUUUUUUAAUUAAAAUGGCUCUCCUCUCUUCAUGUUUGAAAAAAUGGCAAUUUCGCGGCAAAAUGACUUGGCCCAAAUAUGGGAAUAAAAAUAACUAGUAAAAAAAAUUGGCAAGUGAAAACCAUUUUGACAAUAAUGAAAUUCAAGAUAGGACACCAUAAGGCAAUAUAACUAAUAAAAUAAAAAAAAUAUAUUCAAUUGUUUAGAAAGUGGAAAUUAAAGCUACAAAUGAUUGCUAUUAUUACUUAAAAUAUGAAGUUUCAGUUAGAACGCAUAAGGUAAAAUAAGAAUUUCAAUUUUUAUCAUGGCUAGGAAAAUCAGAUGGCGAUAUAACGAGCAGAAAAAUAAAAAAAUCAAAUGUGCGCUCAUCCUAAAAGAGGAAAUUAAAGCUAUACAGAAUUGCUAUUAUUUUGAGAGAAUUCUUAAAUUAAUAAUUAAUUUUUAUUAAAAGCCCACUUUUAAAAAUUAGCUUGUUUAAUUAUCAAAAUGGUUCACACUUGUCAAGUUUGUUUUAAUUCCCAAAUUCGGGCCAAGCCAUUUUGCUGUGAAAUUGCCACUUUUCAAGCAUAAAGAGAGAAAAGCUUUUUAAAUUGUAAAUUACGUCUUGGCCUUGAUUUACCGAGCCUCAUGCAAAUUAUUCGAAAUCUUUUCAAAAUUAUCAAAAACGCAAUUAUAUAUAAAAAUUAUAUUGAACUAGUUUAAAGCUAGGGCAUUUUUAUUUUUCUGAAUUAUUCUCUAAGUAGUGAGAGGUCUAGUUACAUUUUCAAUGAGGUCGAUCCAUAAAGGUUCACUAGCUAUAAUGUUUUAGAAAAAAUUGUGAAUAUUUAAUAAAAAUUAUAUAUCAAAAACCCUUUUUCGCUCGCUGAGGGAUCAUUUUUUUUAAAAAAUAAGGUUUUUACAAUUAUAUAAUUGCUCAUUACGAAAGUUGUAAGUUUUUCAGAUCUUUCCUUUUGGUGUUAUAAAUGUGAUUCUUAUAUUUCAAGCCCAGAAUUAAAAGAAAUUUUAAAGGCUUUUCAGACAAAAAAAUUUUACUCACACUCAGGAGCUAUUCAAGAAAAUGUAAAAGAAGAAGAGGAAGAAGAAGAAGAAGAUGAAGAGGCCAAAAAAGAAGAAGCAAAAGAAGAAAAGAAGCAAGAAGAAUCAAAAGAAGAAAAGCAGCAAGAAGAAACAAAAAAUGAAGUCGAAAAGCUUGAAAAAGGCUUAGAAGAGCUAAAAAUUGCAGAAGUCACAAAAGAUUUUAACAGAAAAACACUUGAAGAAUUCGCAGAAAAAUUACGUGCAGGUGUUUUCAAAAAAAUUGCUAUUAUGGCAGGGGCAGGCAUCAGUGUAAACGCAGGAAUCCCUGAUUUCCGUUCCCCAGGUGGUUUUUACAGUAAAGUUGAAAAACUCGGUUUGCCCUACCCCGAAGCAGUUUUCCACAUCCAGUACUUCCGAGAACAGCCAGAACUCUUUUAUUCUCUAUCUGGCGACCUAAUCCCUGAAAACCUUAAACCUACUCCAACCCACUAUUUCUUAAAGCUUCUAGAAGACAAAAAUCAGCUAAUGAUGUGCUACACACAAAAUAUCGACGGACUUGAAAAAGAUGCUGGACUUUCCCCAUUAAAACUCUUACAAGCCCACGGCCAUUUUGACAGUGCUCACUGUAUUGGCUGCAAAAAGGAAUAUGAUAUUAACGACCUUAAAACCCACAUAAAAGAAUCAACUGUAGCCUAUUGUGAUAAAUGCGGAAAACCAGCCAAGCCUGAUGUAGUAUUUUUUGGAGAGCCACUUCCCGCAAGAUUUCAAUCCUGUGCUUUUAUGAUGGAAGAGGCAGAUCUUCUGAUUGUAAUUGGGACUUCUCUGGUAGUUUUCCCAUUUGCAAGCUUAGCAGAAAUGGUGAGUAAAAAUGUGCCUAGAGUUGUGAUAAAUAAAAACCUCGGGGAUUCUGAGGUCUGGAAAGGGCUGAAAUUUAAAGACCCUAAUGAUAAAAGAGACGUUGCAUUUGUAGGGGAUUGUGAUGAAAUUAUUAGGGAGCUAGUAAAUCUGUGUGGGUGGCAAGAAGAAUUUGAAGCGCUAAUGAAAACAAAUUAA